GGGGUGGCCACCCGUACCCAUAGAUGCCGACGAAUCUAAGCGCACCCUCAGAGGUCAAUGCGUACACGAAGCUAGACCAGUCGUCGGCAUAUCCCUUAUCAUCGGUGUCAGUCGCUGCACAUCUGGGCUUCUCCACGCGCGUCGGAUUGAUUUCGUCCUCGUGGCCUCCCCGAUCCGCCGGCAGGGCCUCGUUUUCGCGAACAUAUCCGCUCCACUUGGACCUUAUUAUUUUAACGUCGAUUUGAAUUAUUUUAUCCCUUCGUGAACAAACGAUGAAGUGAUCGACUCGAUUUUAGUACAAUAAGUAAAGAAUUCGCUCGAGAUUGUGGGAGAUUUUUGGAAAUCUAAGUGAAUAGACGGAAUAGAAGACAGUGAGUUUGGUGAUUCUUUUGUGAUGAGACAAAAGCGAAUCUCGCAGGAUCUUGUAAUAUCAAAGACUUGAAUGUUUCUUACCGUACAAGCGAUUUUUCACCGGUGUUCUUGAUAUGUGAUUCUCCGUACGUAUCCUAAAUAACGAACGCUUAAUCGUGAAGGCGCUACGUCACAUCAAUUAAAAGAAAUUUUUCUACCGUUUGCAAACGUACUAAAUUAAAGCUCAGUGUAUAUAAAAUACGUAUAUCCGCGAAUAAAGAAUGUCCUUGUUCCCGUUGUAACGAAACUAAUCCUCGUGAUCGAUUAUUUUAAAUCGAUAACCAUUAAACGUGGUCGAAUUUUAAAAUCAAUAAUCAUCGAAAUAAUCUUCGAAUAAUUGUCAAGAAUAAAGUAACAGUGAAAGAAUUUCAAUUCACAACGAUAAGACUCCUGUAACAUGGUAGAAAGUACCUAUGCGAGUGAUUCGCCCAGAUCGCGUUCUCCGAUGACGGAGCCGUCGAGUCCUCUUCAAGAUGGUCCCGGAAUAUCCGGCUACGGUCAUCGGUAUCUCUACAAUUAUUCGCCAGAGAGCUUACAGCACAAGCUGAAGAACAACGACGAGCAGAAUAAUGUGACUGUAAGGCGACACGACAUCGAUGGACGAGACAGAACGUUUUCCAGGAGUCCAUUGAGCUCCGACGAGGCGCGAUUCAGACCACGCGAGGUUUCCAGACCGAGUUCCUCGGCAACUAUGUCCUCUCCUACGUCCGCCUUCACCAUCGAGAAUAUCUUAGCACCUAGACCUAUCGGAAACAUAACUCCCACCAGCACCAGCGGCCUCGGUUCCAUUAUUCAAAACCCGGAAGUCGUAGGAUCGCCAUCGAGGGCCAUGCAUCCUCUUCAACAACAGAUCCAUCAUCUCGCGUUUACGUCCGCUGACUUGUUUGCCGCAGCAUAUCCUACUUUAUAUUCCGGCGGCUACGUGGCAGCAAUGGCAGCUGCCGGCGUUUCGCUUCACGGUCAACCGGCCUUCUAUCACGCAGCUCAUCCCUAUCAAAUAAAUCCAAACGCCGCGGCAGUAGGACCCAUGGCAAAGAGGAAGCGUCGCCAUAGGACGAUAUUCACGGAGGAACAGCUAGAACAACUGGAAGCCACCUUCGACAAGACACAUUACCCUGACGUGAUCUUGAGAGAACAGCUCGCGCUUCAGGUCGAUCUCAAGGAAGAGAGAAUCGAGGUGUGGUUCAAGAACCGACGUGCCAAGUGGCGUAAACAGAAACGGGAAGAACAGGAACGUAUGCGGAAACUUCAACUGGAGCAACGUCAGCGUGCCGAUGACAACGUUCCAACGCCUGCGGUCAAAGUAGCCGAACAUUUGACGUUGACCAGACAGCAACAGCAACAGCAACAACACGAACAGGACACCGACAGCUCGGAUCUCGAAGUGGCGUAGUCAAAAUAUCGAUUGUAAAACUUUUUUUUCCUAUUUCUUUUCGUUUCCCUUUCUCUUUUUAUUUCGCCGACGGUCGAAAAGAUUCGAAACAUACAGGUUCUUCCUGCCGACCCCUGUACAAGGGACACGUGUAAAUACCGAAUUAGGAUGUAAAUAUGUUUGUACAUAUAGCCUAUCGAUGUGUAUAAUAGGUAGUGAAAUAAAUUAUUG